CUCAGCCUGAAUCAAAGUACUAAGGAGCUGUCUCCCAGCAAAAUGAGUGAAGAAUCUCAUAGAAGUCUCAUACGAGAUAGCCUGGAUCAGCUGAGAUGUCACUUUACCUGGAAGUUGGUUAUAGAAGAUGUGGACAUGCCUGACUUGGAAAAUAGAAUCUUUGAUAUUGAGUUCCCUGACGCCAACCACAGCAUGGGGAUGCUCAACCUCCUGGCCUACGUGAGACACCUGAAAGGCCAGGAUAAGGAAGCCCUGCAGAGCUUGAAUGAAGCAGAAACCUUGAUCCAAGGAGAGCAGUUGGGCAAGAGAAGCCUUGUGACCUGGGGCAACUGUGCCUGGGUGCAUUACCACAUGGGCAGCUUGUCAGAAGCCCAGACCUACCUGGACAAGGUAGAGAACACUUGCAAGGAAUUGGGAAGUGCCUUCCGCUAUAGUAUGGAGUGUGCUGAGAUGGACUGUGAGGAAGGCUGGGCCUUGCUGAAGUGUGGAAGACAGAAUUAUAAACGAGCCAUGGCCUGCUUUGCAAAGGCUUUGGAAGUGGAGCCUGAAAGCCCUGAAUACAACAUUGGUUAUGCUAUUGUAGCCUAUCGCAUGGAUUUCAGUGACAAUGGUUUUUCUCUGGAACCCCUAAGGAAGGCUGUGAGGUUAAAUCCAGAUGAUCCAUACAUUAAGAUUCUCCUUGCCCUAAAGCUUCAGGACUUGGGAAAACAUGCUGAAGCAAGAAUGUACAUUGAAGAAGCUCAGGCUGUCAUCUCUUCCCAGACCUAUGUCUUCGGAUAUAUGGCCAAAUUUUACCGAAAGGAAGGUUUUCUAGAGAAAGCUCUCCACUUCCUUGCUAUGGCCUUGCAGGCAAAACCUUCCUCUGCCUUCUUGCAUCAUCAGAUUGGACUUUGCUACAAGAGACAACUGUUCAAAAUAAAGGAAGCUACACACAUGCAACCUAGAGGUCAGGACAGAGAAAGAGCAGACCAAUCCAUCCGUUUGGCUAUGAUGCACUUUCAAAAGACAUUAGAACUGAAACCCACAUUUGAGAUAGCUUACGUGAAUCUGGCUGAAAUGUACAUAGAAACUGGCCAAUUUGGGAAGGCUGAAGACAAUUUUCAGAAAGUGUUGAGCAUGAGGAACCUUGAUGCUGCCAUACAGCAAGACAUUCAUCUCCGCUAUGGUCGUUUCCAACAAUUUCAUAGGAGAUCAGAAGACAAAGCGAUCACCCACUAUAUAAAGGGUCUGAAAAUAGAAGUCACUUCUUCAUAUGUCAGAGACAAGCUUCUGGAGGCUUUGUGGAAGCUGGCUGAAAGACGCAUUCGCCAGAAUGUUCGUGUUGUGGAAAGCAUCAGCCUCCUUGGGUUUGUCUAUAGACUGAGAGGGGACAUGAGUGAGGCUCUGCGGUUCUAUGAGAAGGCCCUGAGACUCACUGAAGCAUUGAACCCCGAGUUUUGAAGCACGGCUCACCAAGUGACAUAUAAAGCAUUCUCAUGGCUCAUUAUUCUACUAUUCUUUUGGAGUUGUUACCUUAAAUAUGUGGAACCUGAUGAUGAAGCAAGUUGAAAAUGACUCCUGUUUUCUGGCCCUGGUUUUUUGUGUUGUAGUUUGUUUGGUGG